AUGAGCUUCAAGGGCUUUCAGAAGAGCCUCACGCGGGCACCCCAGCAGUUCAGGGCCAAGUUCAACAUUGGCGAGAACACGAAAGACGCCGUCUACAUCGACGCCGAGCGUCGCUUCCAGGAGCUCGAAAAGGAGACGAAGAAGCUGCACGAUGAGUCGACAAAGUACUUCGAGGCCAUCAACGGCAUGCUCAACCACCAGAUCGAGUUCAGCAAGGCCACGUCGGAGAUAUACAAGCCCAUCUCCGGCCGCAUGUCCGACCCCGACUCCAUCCGACCCGAGGGCAACCCCGAGGGCAUCGCCGCCUGCGAAGAGUACGAAGCCAUCGUCAAGGAGCUGCAGGAGACGCUGGCGCCGGAGCUCGAGAUGAUCGAGAGCAGGAUCAUCCGACCGGCGAACGAGCUCAUGGACGUCAUCAAGGUCAUCCGGAAGACGGCCGUGAAGCGCGAGCACAAGCGCCUCGACUACGACCGCCACCGCACCACGCUCAAGAAGUUUCAGGACAAGAAGGAGCGCAGCGCCAAGGAUGAAAAGGCCAUGUGGAAGGCCGAAGGCGACGCCGAGCAGGCGACCCAAGACUUUGACUACUUCAACGACCUCCUCAAGGACGAGCUGCCCAAGCUCUUCACCCUCGAGCGCGAGUUCAUCCAACCCCUGUUCCAAUCCUUCUACUACAUGCAGCUCAACAUCUUUUACACCCUACACGAGCGCAUGCAGCGCUGCGACAUUGGCUACUUUGACCUGACGCGCGAGAUCGAGGAGGCCUUCGAGGAGAAGCGGGGUGACAUUCAAGAACAAGCCGAGGCCCUCUCCAUCUGUCGCUGGAAGACGACGGGUCGGCCACGCCCGCCGAAAUACGGCAACCGACCAGCCGCCAUCGAGUCUGGCAAGCAACCGGGGCUCCUGUCCCCCGGGCCCAACGCGACGGCCAGCGGCCGCACGAGCGGCUCUUCGCGGACGUCGAUGGAUUCCGCCGACCGCAACCCUCCUCCGCCGUACUCGCCCGGCAGAAAGCCCAGCAGCCCGGGUCUGUCGAUGAUUGCGGCGGCAAAGUCCAAGCCUCCUCCGCCCAAGCCCAAGCCCAAGGCGCUCGUGGCCGCACCCGCGACCGAGACGGUCACGGCCCUGUACGACUACGCGGCACAGGCAGAGGGCGACCUGAGCUUCCGCACGGGCGACGUCAUCGAAAUCAUACACAAGACGCAAAACGAGAACGAGUGGUGGACGGGUCGGCUGCACGGCAAGCAGGGUCAAUUCCCAGGCAACUACGUUCAGGGAAAUUAA